AAGAGACACUCAGAAUGGCAUGCUGGAUUUUGAAUGAAAAACUCUCAGUCCUAUUAUUAUUGGUGUGGCUGGGCUUGAAUUUAUAUCUGUUUAUUGAUACCUUCUGCUGGUAUGAAGAUGAAGAUGCUUACAUUUAUACACGGAUUAUGCUGGGAUCAACCUUGGCUUGGGCGAGAGCUUCUGCAACGUGCCUUAAUUUUAACUGCAUGCUAAUCCUGUUACCAGUCAGUAGAAAUCUUAUUUCAUUCUUAAGAGGAGCAAGCACUUGCUGUGGAGGAGCACCAAGGAGGCAGCUUGACAAAAACAUCACAUUUCACAAGGUGGUUGCCUAUGGAAUAGCUGUAAAUGCAACCAUCCACAUUGUUGCCCACUUGAUCAAUAUAGAGCGGUAUCACAACAGCCAGUCAAAGGAAGCAGGGGGGCUGCGGAAUAAGCUUUCUGGCCUUGGCAAGAGGCCAAAUGAAAGCUACUUGAACCCAAUCAGGACCUACGAAACAAACAUAACAGGAGAGGUACUGACCACCAUAGCUGGAGUAACAGGAGUUAUGAUAACUGUGGCUUUUGUUCUGAUCGUGACUUCAUCCACAGAGCUCAUCAGAAGGUUGUGCUAUGAGGUGUUCUGGUAUACCCACCACCUCUUUGUGGUUUUCUUUAUUGGUUUAAUAAUCCAUGGUACAGGUCAGCUAGUCCGGGCUCAGACACCUCACAGUCUGCUGCUUCACAACAUCACUUACUGUAAAGAACACUACUUGGAAUGGGAGAAAACCACUCAGUGCCCUUUGCCGCAGUUUUCUGGUAACAAACCUGUGGCUUGGAAAUGGGUUGUGAGUCCUGUGGUGCUGUAUAUCUGUGAAAGGAUUGUUAGAUUCUGGAGAUUUCAACAGGAGGUAGUCAUUACUAAGGUGGUGACACAUUCCUCUGGAGUCCUAGAGCUUCACAUGAAGAAGCAUGGCUUUAAAAUGGAAGCAGGUCAGUAUAUCUUUCUGCAGUGCUCAUCGAUCUCACCAUUGGAGUGGCACCCCUUCACCCUCACCUCAGCUCCUGAGGAAGACUUCUUCAGUGUUCACAUCAGGGUAGCUGGGGACUGGACUGCAGCCCUCUUCAAGGCUUUUGGAGCAGAGGAGAAAACUUUCAAGGAGUUGUGGAUGUUACCAAGAUUGGUUGUGGAUGGACCAUAUGGAUCUGCAACCACAGAUGUUUUUCGCUACAGAGUGAGUGUGUGCAUUGCAGCCGGGAUAGGAGUCACGCCAUUUGCCUCUAUUUUAAAAUCCAUUUGGUACAAGUGCUGCAAUCCUCACACAGUAUUGGUGCUGCAGAAGGUUUAUUUUUACUGGAUUUGCCGAGACCCAUCCACAUUUGAGUGGUUUGCUGAUCUUCUGUUCCUUUUGGAAACAAAAAUGAUUGAAAAAGGGAAAAAUGAUUUCCUAAGUUAUCACAUAUUUCUUACUGGCUGGGAUGAAAGUCAGGCUACUCACAUAGGCCUGCAUUAUGAUGAGAAGGUGGAUGUAAUUACCGGUUUGAGGCAGAAGACCUUCUAUGGAAGGCCAAACUGGGACAAUGAGUUCAAGCAGCUAGCUGAAAACCAUCCUAGCAAUAGCAUUGGAGUAUUCUUCUGCGGACCCAAGAAUCUCUCUAAGACACUUCAAAAGAUGUGCAACUCAUAUUCAACAGUUGAUCCAAGAGGAGUUCAAUUUCACUACAACGAAGAAAGUUUCUAGACUGUACUUCUCAACUCUCUAAUAGAUAUUACCAAGUUAUACUUUUUUCUUCACAUUCUCCUGUACUCUAUCCAUUCUGUGGCAUUCAAGCUGUAAACUGAAGCAGCAACACUGAAUUAGUGGAAAAAUACCAUCCUAUGCCAACUAAAGAAUUGAAUCCAAUCCUUAGCAUUUCCUUCAAAGAACUGAAGGACCAAUUUCUAAUUGCUCAGUCAGUGAUGCAGUGAAUCCAGCCACAUCUGUUUGAAGACACAUACAAAUCACUAAACUUUGAAGAAAAAGGCAAGAGAGAAAAGGAAAUGAAGAACUGCACCUCACUGUUAUGUGUGAUCAAACUACUACUGCAGGCAAUACUAUCAUUCCUGCUGUUUAAAUCAUGCCCAGCCAUUCAAAGCAUUUUCCUUCCUGGUGUUCUGAUCUUGCACUUCUAGCCUCCAACUGCGCACACAUCCACAUCACCUUUUGUGUCAUAGCAAUACUGUUUAAAUAUACACUUUUCAAUGAAUUCCUUUUGACCUACCAAAGCAGGCAACAUUUAAGCAUGCUGUUUCUGCAGAGGUACUGGCAGAGCAUACCAUAAGCUAAUAUUUUCUGAAGGUUAAGGAGACUGUAGAAAUUCUGGCACUCAGCAAAUGCAUGUCCUGAGAGAGGUAACUGGAACUGUGGGAAAAAGUUUCGUGCGUCCUUUAAAUGCUACGCUGCUUCAUGAGCACUGAAGAAUGGACUACAGAAAGUUAUAGAAUCACGGGUAUCACAGAUUGGCUGGCAUGGAAAGGGAUCUCUGGAGGUCAUGCGGUCCUGGGUCAUGUGUCCUUUCUUUCACUUCUUGUGCACUUUGUUUUUGUGGUGUUUUCUUUUUUGUGUGUGUGUCAUUCCUGGUUCAUUAGUGUGAAGUCCUGCAGAGUGCCUGUCUUAAUUGACCUUUAAACACUUUUACCUACUAAUCUUGAUCAGCUCACAGCUGGCUUCUCAUCCACCCAUCUACCCCUAUGCAGGGCUACAUGUAUUCCUGCCAUUCUCACUCAUAAAGGGCAACUGCCCACCUCACCACAGCAGCCUGUCUUUCCCAAAAAGCCUGCAGUCAUCCAUUGCAGCUAUACAGUCAUAUGUACUAUCAUACUAUGCUCCCGGGGAGAUCAUAGCCAUUCAACAACACGGAAGCCCCUAAUUCUUCCCGUGUCCUUCCUAUACCAUGAGAGCUAGUAGGCAGCACUUCAGAGGGGUAUCUUGCCACAUGGGUUUUACAGAAAGGGAUGAGAACUUCUUUUGUCAUGCUAUCCUGUCAGAAGUUACUUGUUCACAUGCAUACAUUUGGGAUAGGUUUGCUUCUGCCAUGUUUUGUACCUGUUAACACUGUCUCACACACUUUGCUUGUUGCCUGCGAUUCCUCACUUGGCUAUUGGUCAGCUGCUCUCACCUGCUGUUCCCAUUUCAAAACUCUCCUCACAGGCUGCCUAGGGAGAUGGUGGAGACACGAUCCCUGGAGGUGUCCAAGAAAUGUGUAGAUGUGGUACUAAGGGACGUGGUUUAGUGGGGAAGUAUAUGUGACAGGUAAACAGUUGUUCUGGAUGAUCUUGGAAGUUUUUUUCAACCUUGGUAAUUCUAUGGCUCUACAAUUCAGCACAGUUAAGCAUGUAGAGCACCAAAUUAUUUUAGAACUAGGGAGGAGACAAUAUUAAAAAAUUCAUGACUUACGUAAGCUAGAAAAACAAGAAAUGUAUUUCCUUACCUCACUCCCCCAGCACAGAAGUUAGAGAAAUCUAUACUCAAGUUGGAAUGAGGCAUAAUGGAGUUCACUAGGAUCAUGUAAUGCAUUUCUCCAGCCACACAAGAAAAGUGGAAGGUAGAAAACAUCCUGUGCAUGUCAGCAGUUGAAUAAGACAAAUGACAAUAUUAUAUAUGUACACAUACACACACGGGAAAUGCCCACAAGAGGGGACAUGGCUGUAUAGGCAAAAGAAACAACAAUAAAAAUUGUGUCACAGAGAAUUACAAUAUUAUUCUACAUCUCUUCUAUUAGGAUAUACAGUAUGUGUGAACUGAGCUUGAUACAGUCUUAUUAUUAUUAAGUUUAGGGUAAGGCAUCUUUAUUUUAAAUUGCUGAAGUUUUCUUAAAUGCCUGCCUAUGUGAAAUGAUUAAUGCGAUGCAUACUGUGUAGCAGUAAAGUGAGUGGAGAAUUAGAGCCUCUGCCAGUUCACCUAGAGGCAUUUAUCUUUCAUUUUUUUCCCUGGUGCCCGUGCUGAGCCUCAGGGUAAGCUGACACAUUUUUUAAUAUAAAUUAAGUUUCUUUUUUUGUGUGUGUUGAAAAUCUUGAAGGAAAUGAGAAAUGUGUGUAGGCACCAAUACCAGCUGCCAUUGCAUGAAAGAAAGAGGUGACAAUUUCCUGCAGAUUCUGAAUGAUUGUUUUAAUGGGGUUGGAUUGGAGGUAACAAGCACAAAGAUAUUGUGCUGCCAGAAAAACAGGAUCUGUUCUACCCCUAGCCUCAUGCAACAAGAUGCAACAUUUAGCUUCUGGCUCAACAUGGCAUCUCUUCACUGCUUUGAUUUAUUCUCACUUUUGCAAAUCACUGUGGCAUGCUACAGGAGAUGCAUUUAGAGCCCUUGUUAUAGUUCAUUGAGUAGUACUGCUGUUAUCACCACCAGAGGAAAAUUUCACUUGUAUCAGGACUGAGUGACCUAGAAUAAAAGAAAAAUAAUAAUAAUAAAAAAAAAGAAAUGGGGAGAUUUGUUGAACCAGGAUGAUACUGCAUUUAGAUUGAGUGAAAAUCUCUUUAUUACAAAUACAAUUUAAAUCAAAAUGGAAACUAGGAAAAUUUGGCUUCCUGCCUUGUUUUGAAUAACACUGAACGCACAGCAGUGAUGAUAAUGUGAGUGCAUGUGUAAUGACUCUAUUAUUAUGUUUAUAUAUGGAAACAUCAUUCACUGUCAUGGAAAAUGAAAGAUAUCUUCAUGGAUUUCUCUGUUCAGCUUCUUCAGCAGGAAGUGUUCAGCACUUCUUAGGACAAUAUUAGUAAAUAAAACAUAGUCAUAACAGCACACGUUUAUCACAUCCUGUGACAGAAAACUAAUCAUAGACAAGGAUCAUAAAUACGUAGAUUAAUUACUUUGGCUCUCACAGUAGAAAUAAUGGUAUUACAAUAGUAAGAGUUGUUUUAUGAUAAUUUAUGCUUAUUUAUUAGGAAGUCUAAGUUGAAAUAUAUGAUUUUACAUGUUUUGGGCUUCCCUCCUUUCUUCCUUCCCCCAAGUUAUACAUGUAGUCGAAAUUAAGCAAGUUUGUGCCUUAGUUUACAAUGGAAGAUAAAACAGGAGCUACCACUUUCCACACUAUGUCCAUCAUAUGGGACAUAUAUCAUAUCAUUACAAAGAUGUGCUUCUUUCCUGCUUUUGGAUAUAAUAAAAGGGCUAAGAGGAAAUGUUAACUGCAACAAAAAUGCAAAUUUCAAAUGUUUGAAUAUUCCUGAUUAGCAGGAAAUUCUAUAAGAACUGCCUUAAAGGUAGCUCAGCCACUCUGGAGGAGUAAUAAACUAAGUGACAUGGUGGCUUUGUUGUCUUUUUUGGUCAACAAUUUUAGUGUUGGUUGUUUUUCUUUUCUUUUUUUCUAAGAGGGGGGGGAAUCAAUUGCAUUUCCUCAGGAACAAUGAAAAGGAAAAGAAAAAUGUGACACUGCUUCAACCCAGCUUGACCUAUGAAUGCGAAAAGGAUAAAUAAAGCAUGCAUUCAAAGAAUGCAAAUUCGUGGUGAUCUAAGCAGCAUAGCAGGAGGUGGCUCUGGAGGUCCGUGACUGUGUGCAGUAGAAAUUAACUGUCCCCAGUCUGCUGUCUCCUCUCCUGACACUUCUCAAGCAUCCCAAUGCCAGGCAUGAAUCUGCCUUGAUCUUCAGAAACACUUACAAGGUUGAGGGCUGUACCAGGGACUGGAUAGCCUAUAGCCUGAAUCUCCUGAGUGCUUAGCUAGGCAUUUUCCUACAAGUCAGGUUAUCUGUUCUGUAGCAGUAACUCCAUCUCCUUAUGUCUGAUCAUUUAAUUGUCUGAGAAAUUCUGUACUUCAUUGUCUAUGGAAUAAAAUUGAGUGUCCAUUGCAUUUAAGCUGCAGUCAUGAACAGAAACAUUUUCCAGGAAUGCCUACUUACACAGUUCUUGCAUUUGGACAUGUUCAAAUGAGGGUGAACUGAUUAUCUGCAUUUUAAAAACAUAGCCAAAUGAGUCUGUUUAACAUUAGUCUUCUUGACCUUCAACAAAUCAUCUCAUACAGUGAAAUAAAUUUCAUUCACACAACGGUUUUAAUAUAAGUGAACAAAUGUGUCAGUUGACAUGGAAACACACUUUUUCUCCUAUCAAAAGCAAGAAAGGACUAAAAAGCUAAGGCUCAUUAAAAGAUAUAUAUUAAUAACCUUUCAGAAUACAUAGAAACAAACAAAAGUUUUACAGUAUAAUGAAGCACUCAAACUAGCAUAUUUCAAAGGCCAGCUGCUUCAAGUAGUUGCAACUAUUAUUUCUAAACAAUAAUGAUUUCUAACGUGGUAAGACAUUUUUAUUCACUGAGGAUAAAAGCCCGGAGCCUGCCAAUCCUUACACAUGUGCCUCAAACUUACUUCAAACAACACUUUUACUGUCCUAGAGGAUUAAAUAUGGUUCCCUUUGAUGAGCAUGCAUAGAAGACUAACAUCAAGUUGAAGGGUGGGUCUGGAAGGCCAAUCUAUUUUAUUCUAUUCUAUUCCAUUAAACUACUGGACUGCCUUCAUUUUUGUGUAGACUGUUUCUCUGGUGCAGUAAUUCUGAAUAUGAAAGAUAAUUUACAAUCAUAUUCACCUUAAGGCACAUGGAUAAGAUUUCAUUGAUGCACUUCAGCAAAAGGCCUGAGUUUUGGUGGUCUCAUAGCACCAAUUAUAAUCAAUUAUACUGGUCACAGGAACUUGAUCAACCUGCAAAACUGAACACUCAUUAUUUGUACAUUACUAUAUAAUGUCAUUAUAUUUAGAUAAAAAUGUUUAGAUUGAGGAAUGCCUAUCAUCUGCACAGUAAUAUUAAUAAAACAGUCAUGCAAUUUUC